AUGUCUGACAAACCCAAUAUGGCUGAGAUCGAGACAUUCAGCAAGUCGAAGCUGAGGAAGACAGAAACGCAAGAGAAAAAUCCUCUGCCUUCAAAAGAAACCAUUGGAUAA